AUGGCACCCUUCAGCAGAAUCACUAGUGAUCCCAAUUCUACUGUAUCAGCCCCACACUGGCAGGAUAACUCCACAGAACCUGGAUUGCCACAGUCUCAUGCCUGCUAUGCCCUCUGUUACUGUAUCUUGAUCUUGGCCAUCGUUUUUGGGAAUGUCCUAGUCUGCCUUGCAGUUAUGAGGGAACGUAGCUUGCAAACUACCACCAACUACCUUGUGGUGAGCCUGGCAGUAGCAGAUCUGCUUGUGGCCACUUUGGUAAUGCCAUGGGUGGUAUACCUAGAGGUGACUGGAGGAGUCUGGAAUUUCAGUCGUGUCUGCUGUAACAUAUUUGUAACUAUGGAUGUGAUGAUGUGCACAGCCAGCAUUUUAAAUCUCUGUGCUAUCAGCAUUGACAGAUACACUGCAGUGGUUAUGCCUGUUCAUUAUCAGUACAGCACAGGGCCCAGCUCUUGCCGAAGAGUGUCCGUUAUGAUAGCAAUGGUCUGGUUGUUGGCAUUUGCUGUUUCCUGCCCACUUCUCUUUGGCUUCAACACCACAGGUGAUCCUAAUAUUUGUUCUAUAUCCAAUCCCGACUUUGUUAUCUAUUCCUCUGUGGUGUCCUUUUAUCUUCCAUUUUUGGUGACCCUGCUGCUCUACAUCCGGAUUUACAUGGUGCUGAGGCAAAGGCAGAGGAAGCGAAUCCUCACCAGACAAAGCAGCCACAGUGGCAAAGCCUGCUACAAACGGCAGCAACAUACAGAAAUGAAAGCUUUGUACCAGACGCCUCCAGAUGCACUCUCAUGUUGUUUGCAGAUAAAGGGUUCAAACCAGAUGCUGCCUGCUGAAAAGAAGCCCCUGACACCCACUGAACUACAGCAGUAUUGCAGCAUCUGCCAUGAAACGUCCUUCUCCAGUACAGGGAAUAAAGAGGCUGUUGACUUAAAGGUGAGGAGAAAAAUCAAGGAUCAAAGUUUAGAAGUACGCAAACUCAGCAAUGGCAAAACAACAACCUCCUUGAAGCUACCAUCUCAGCAGCAUCGGACAACACAGCUCAGAGAAAGGAAGGCCACACAAAUGCUAGGUAUUGUUCUUGGGACUUUCAUAGUCUGCUGGCUGCCAUUCUUUUUGACACACAUCUUGAAUACACAUUGCCAAGCUUGUCACAUCUCCCCAGAGUUGUACAGUGCUGCCACAUGGCUUGGAUAUGUCAACAGCGCCCUCAAUCCUGUCAUCUACACCACCUUCAACAAUGAGUUCCGUAAAGCUUUCCUCAAGAUCUUGUACUGCUGAAAGCUUGGAGAAUGAAACAGCAUCACAUACUAUACAGAUGUAGCGGAUAAGCAGCUAGGAUGGUUCUGUACACAACUGAGUGGAUUUUCUCAGCCAGCAGUGAGAAAAAACAUUGGGCUCGCUUUUACAUUGGUUUUACUCUAGCAGCUACUGGGGGAUUUAUUAAUUUAUUUUUGCAAUAGUAGGAAAGUGUUCUGUGUUAAACACUGGUGCAAAAAGAACCACAAAACUACACUAAAGUUUGGCAUCCCUCAGAAGGACACAUUAUGACACAAUUCAGAUAGUUCCAGGAUGCAGCAUGUUUGUGCCUGUCUGUAUGGCACUUUAAAAGGACAAAGUUCUAUGAUUUCUUCUGACAUGGAUACCUCCAAGAAACAUGUAUUUUACUAUGAAG